AUGGCGGAUCCGUUCGAGGUGCGCAUGCGCUUUACAGCGCAGCUGCAGCAUCUGAAUGCCUCUGUCACUUCAUCCCAGAAGGCUGCGCAUUAUGCCCUCAAAUAUCGGGACAUGGACGAGGACCUUCAUUCCUGCAUCCUCGAACAGCUUGAGAGGAACAACAUGAAUAAUCGAGCUAAUAUCAUGUACUUUAUCGAGCAAUUCUGCGAAAUGGCCACUAAAGAGAAUCACACACCCUACGUUCGCAUGAUGCAACGGGACAUCCUACGCGUUGUGGAUGCCGUCGUACCGCCAGAUGGAUCGGGAGCCGCAAACGUCAAACAUGUACGCCGUGUUCUCCAAGGUCUCCAAAACAAAGACAUUCUCUCCGCUGAAAGCGUAGCCGAGAUUGACGCUGGGCUGAAGGAUCGGGAGCCACAUGCAGCACAUCUAGACUUGGAGGGAGAAGAGGAGGCAGAGGGCGUAACGAAAACGAAAGGUGGAACCCCACGAGGUUCGAGGCCGAGCGGGAUGCGCGUGGACAAAAGGCAGAUCGAGCAACGAAUUGAGGAGGACCGGGAGCGAAAUAAACGGCUACGCGAAAGCAUGUGGACAGUCAGUGGGGAUGACGGAGACGAGCAUGGCAAGUUCUGGGAUGAAGUCAGUGACAUUGGCGAAGACGACUUCCUCGGAGCGCAGGAGGAACUCAUGGAGCGCAAUCAGAUGGUCAGCGCUCAAUGA